AUGUUAUUCAUUACAAUCGCGGCAAUAUUCCUUUUCAUAAGCCCAAUUCAAUCCUACCCAUCUCCUCAAGAAUACGCAGAACGGCGUUCUGCACAAGUAUUUACAGGAGAUGGCACUUUUUAUGAUCCGGGAUUGGGUGCUUGUGGAAUUACCAGCUCAUCAAAUGAUUUUAUUGUUGCUCUCAAUAAAGAACAAUUUGAUGCAUUUCCUGGAAAUCCAAAUUUCAAUCCCUUCUGUGGUAAGCAAGUGGAUAUUUCAUUUGGCGGAAAAACAAUUACUUGCACAGUUGUCGAUAGGUGCGAUGGAUGUUUAUUUGGAUCACUUGACCUGUCACCUGCUGCAUUCCAGGCCCUGGCGGAUCCAAGCUUAGGCAGAAUAAAAAUUUCCUGGACAUUUUGCGAUGGAAAUGGUCCACCACCUGACCAUGGUCCUGACGGUCAAAAACAUCCUGAUCAUGGUCCUGACGGUCAAAAACAUCCUGAUCAUGGUCCUGACGGUCAAAAACAUCCUGAUCAUGAAGACGUUCCUGAUACAACCACCACUCCCGAUAUUACCCCUGAUACUACUCCCGAUGUUGAUGCUACCACCGACGAUUCCACUCCAACUACCACCACUAUCGAUGUCGAAGUCGAUUCUACUUCGAUCACCGCCACUACUACCACUACCGAAGUUGAUGUCAAUCCUACCAUUACCACCACCGCCGAUGUCGAUACAUAA